AUGCAGAACCCUCAGCACUCCGAGUGUCAGCAGCGGGCGAUAGCUGAGGUUAAAUCAGCAUACUCUCACCUUCCUCAUGGUGAUCGGAUCUUUCGACAAUGUGUGGAGGGGCAGAACUCAAUAGCAGAGGUCUUGAAAGCAAAGGAUCCGGACUCGGCGGGAAUCCUUAAAACCGAGAGGCCAUCGAGCUAUAAAAUCGAACAACCCUACUUGUCCAUUAUUUCAGAGUCACAUAUCUCCACCAUGUCAAUCGUCAAGACAAUUCUGAUCACAGGAGCCAACACUGGCCUCGGCCUAGAAGUGGUCAAAUCACUCUGCCGCUCUACAACAAAGUACGACAUACUUGUCGGAUGUCGGACACCUUCCAAAGGCCAAGCCGCCAUCGAUGAAGUGAAGAACGAGUACCCAUCCACAUCGUCCACGCUCAGCACACUCCAGGUCGAUCUCGAGUCUGAUGACUCACUGCAAAAAGCAGUCGAGACCAUUUCCAAAGAGAAAGGACAUCUCGAUAUUCUGAUGAACAAUGGCGGAGUAGCCUACGAUCCGCAAAUCUCAUCUGGUGCCAUAGGAAUCCGCGAAGCCUGGAAUAAGUCAUGGAAUGUCAACGUCGCAGGGACUCAAGUCUUGACAACCCUGGCGGUCCCUCUGCUCCUCAAAUCAAGCGACCCCCGCCUCAUCUUCAUAACAAGUGGGACUGCCACGUUAACAGAGACGGAAAGCACAGCGAGCGAGAACCUGAAGCGUUUAAAUGGAAGUCCUGCGGCUGGUUGGCCCAAAGAGCCUGGGUUUUCGACCACUUCCUAUCGAAGCAGCAAGACCGGGCUUAAUAUGUUAAUGCGUGAAUGGGUCAGAAUUCUGAAGAACGAUGGUGUAAAGGUUUGGUGCAUUUCGCCUGGCUUUCUGGCUACAUCUUUGGGUGGUUACGGAUCCGAGCAGUUGAAGAAGAUUGGAGCUUUGGACCCUGUGAUAGGUGCAGACUUCACUUUGAGUGUUGUUGAGGGCAAGCGUGAUCAUGAUACUGGAAAAAUUGUGAGGAAGGAUAUGAUACAGCCGUGGUGA